AGAAAUCCCAAAUUUCCUCUCUGACGUAGUUCCGUCGAUACACACACGUGCUGUGAGCUGAUAUUCUGGGUGAAAACCGUACCAGAUCUCCGGAUUUAAUCGACUCACCAAAAUGCCUAAAGUUAAAGCGGAGAAGAAAACCCGACAACACCAAGAGGUGAAGAGUCAAGGAAUCAUGUUCAACACUGGUAUUGGACAGCAUAUCCUGAAAAAUCCCUUGGUGGUUAAUGGCAUUAUUGAGAAGGCAGCCUUGAGACCUACAGAUGUGGUCCUGGAGGUCGGACCUGGAACUGGAAACAUGACCGUGAAGCUUCUGGAAAAGGCCAAAAAAGUAGUAGCGUGUGAGCUGGACACCAGGCUUGUAGCUGAACUUCAGAAACGAGUGCAGUGCACGCCAAUGCAGACAAAGCUUCAGAUUUUGGUUGGUGACGUUUUGAAGACCGAACUGCCGUUCUUUGACGUGUGUGUAGCAAAUUUACCCUAUCAGAUAUCAUCACCAUUUGUCUUCAAGCUUCUUCUUCACAGACCUUUCUUCAGAUGUGCAGUGCUGAUGUUCCAGAGGGAGUUUGCUAUGCGGUUGGUGGCGAAGCCUGGAGAUAAACUCUACUGCAGACUAUCUAUCAACACGCAACUACUGGCCAGAGUGGACCACCUCAUGAAGGUUGGAAAAAACAAUUUCAGACCUCCUCCUAAAGUGGAAUCUAGUGUGGUCAGGAUAGAACCGAAAAAUCCACCGCCACCCAUCAAUUUUCAGGAAUGGGAUGGUCUUGUCAGAAUUGCAUUUGUAAGAAAGAACAAAACUCUGAACGCAGCCUUCAAAUCUACUGCUGUUGAGCAGCUUUUGGAGAAGAACUACAGAAUUCACUGCUCCAUGCACAACAUAGAAGUACCACAGGACUUCAGCAUUACCCAGAAAAUUGAGAGCGUUCUACAGGAAGCUGAAUUUAGUGAAAAACGGGCACGAUCGAUGGACAUAGAUGACUUCAUGGUACUACUUCAUGCAUUCAACUCUGCUGGGAUCCACUUUUCAUGAAGCUCAAAUGCAGGAUAUCUGGACCAUAUAUUCAUAUUGAUAUCGCAUCUUAAUUAUAGUGUGCCUUUGGCUUGGAUGUUAAUCUCAAGGUGCUAUAACAUUAUGCUAGAAUGUUCAAUAACAAACCAGAUUUUUCACUGAGAUUUUUUAAGCACGUUGUGGUCAAAAGAUCUUGAAACAGUAGUAAACUUGAAAUAGGUUAUUACACCUCUGUUACCUCUAUAAAAGAGGAAAGCUGGCACAUGGAACCUUCGCACCUCGAAAGUAAGGCCAUUUAACAGGCUGCAGUAGGACUAAUGUGUUGGUUCCUUUCUGUGGUUCCUGUACUAAAGGCACCUUCUAGAAAUAAACCCUAUGUGUUUGUAAGAUCGAUAUAAUGCUUUAUAUGAAUAUCCCAGGAAAAUCAUGUGUUGUACAUAAAUAUUUUAAUGACUUCGUUAGCAUUUCCAUCAACUUCUCAAUACCUUUACUAAUAUGUGUUGGUACCAAAGGUACAAUUUAAAAUACUGGCUAAUGCUGCUGUUGUCUUUGUUUAGAUAAUAUACACGGAAUAAGAUUUGUGUUUAUUAUUUUAGCUAAAGGUUUCCAUACCGAAUAUAAAAAUCUUGCUUUCAAUGAAGCAAACUCUUCAGGGUGAGAGUACUCCUGCUUCUCUCAAACAAACAUACAACAUAUGCAAGUCACUUCAUUAAUUGUAUAGCCUUAUAUUAGUUUUUGUCUCUCCAACUACCUGGUCCUAAAGUCGUCUCUCUAGUGCCUGGCUUAAGUGAAGUUGGGUGAUCUGUCUUCCUGCACUGUCCCACUUUCCUGAGGCUUUACAAAGACAAGAAAAGCAGCAACACCAUCUACACUGCAAACUCUACCAACAUAACGUUCUUAUCAAAUUGGACUAUAUUCAGCCACCGGAGUCUAGUGCCAACAGUGAAAAGAUCAGCUAUAGCAACAUGGUCUGAUCCAUAUGUCUGUCUAUAGCAUCAUACAUCUUUUUUUUGUCCUGAAAAGUAGUGUUUUGAGCAACAUGUUUUCCAGAUACCAGCCAAGAUAGAGUUAAUAUACAAUGAAGCAUUCUGCAGCUGGCCAAAAAGAGCCACAGCACAGAGUAAAAAAUGAGUACGAGGACAAUGCCCUAGUAAAACCAGAAACAACAAAAUUCAUUAUUGACAAAAUACAGCUCUACUCCCACUCCAGAGCAGCAGUAACCUCAUUGAGAUCAUUAAUUUAGACAAUUUAAGUUGAACAGUAUAACUGAAACAAACACUAAAAGGACAUUACGAACCCCCCGAAAGGAGAUAAUGGAGUAAUACGACUUUAGUGGGGUCCAACAUGAGAAACAGGGUUAUAUAAAGUGCAGAUGGGCCUGGUCUGCCAUGCUGGUAACAGAGAAUGGGGUACAGGUUAUUAAAAGCACAUGCAUUCGGUUUAGAUCAGCUUCAAAAAAUGAAGGUGGUAAAGACCCUAAAAUGUAGGACAAUGUAGUUAACAGCCAUUAACUAAACUUUAAAAAAGUAAAUAAAUACAAAUACACAGAAAAGAAA